UUUGGACAGUGGUUUUGUCGUUAGCAACAUUUUCCACGAAAUCUAACCUUAUUUUCCAGGAAACAUCCAUUGAGUUUAUGUGCAAAAAGAGUCGUCAACGAAAAAAGUCUAUUUACUCUCAGAUUCACACAACAAUUGUUUCAACAACAAAGUGUGAUUCUUCCAAGUCCUGAAGAUCUCUCGGUCUUUUUAUUGCAUUGUGAAACAUCUAUGGGUUCUGUAAUGAGCUUGAGCAGUAACAAGAGGAAAGCUACGAGUCAGGAGGACGUUGAAUCCGAAUCUGUUAAAAGACAAAAGGUGUGCUCAAGUUCAACCAACGAUGUUGAGAAUGGCAAAUUGAUUCUUCAAGAUGAGUUUUCUUGGAAGAAACAUCCUUUGAGUUUCUGUGCAACCAGAGUCAUCAACGUCGCAACGGGUGUUUUUACAAAAUUCAGAUUCCAACUAGAUGAUAAAGAUAAUAUAUCUACUUUAUCCCUUUCAUCUCCUUCAACUUCUGUGUCUCAAAUUUGGAAACACGAUGUCUUUCCGAGCUUCCACGGACCAGAUGUCCGAAGAACCUUUCUUAGUCAUAUCCUUGUAGUGUUCAAGAGAAUGGGAAUCGACCCAUUCAUUGAUGAUGAGAUAGAGAGGAGUAAGCCGAUUGGUCCUGAGCUCAUAAAAGCUAUUAGAGGAUCGAAGAUCGCGAUCGUCUUACUUUCCAAGAACUAUGCUUCUUCUUCGUGGUGUCUUGAUGAGUUGGCAGAGAUCAUGAAAUGCUGGAAAGAGUUGGGUCAAAUAGUCUUGACUAUUUUCUAUGAAGUGGAUCCAACUGACAUAAAGAAACAAACGGGUGAUUUUGGAAAAUCCUUCAGAAAAACGUGUAGAGGUAAAAAAAAAGAGCAUAUUAAGAUAUGGAGAAAAGCAUUGGAGGAUGUGGCCACCAUCGCCGGAUAUCAUUCUCAGAAAUGGACUGACGAAGCAGACAUGAUCGAAAACAUAGCCACUGGUGUUUCAAACAUAUUAAAUUGCUCCAUACCUUCAAGUGAUAUUGACAAUUUAGUAGGGAUGGGAGCUCAUAUGAAAAUGAUCGAACAAUUAUUACGUCUAGAUUUGGAUGAAGUAAGGAUGAUCGGGAUUUGGGGGCCGCCUGGGAUUGGUAAGACAACAAUCGCUAGAAUUAUGUUUGACCAAGUAGCCAACAAAUUCCAAUUUAGUGCGAUCAUGUUUGAUAUCAAAAGAAGCUAUCCAAGUGUUCGUUUGAAUGACUUUAGCGCACAAUUGCAACUACAAAGCGAUUUGUUAUCUAAGACUAUUAAUCUUAAAGAUAACAUGAUUCCUCAUCUAGGAGUGGCACAAGAACGGUUGAAAGACAAGAAAGUGUUACUCGUUCUUGAUGAUGUGGAUUGCUUAAGUCAGCUACAAGUCUUGGCGGAAAAAAUUCAGUGGUUUGGUUCUGGAAGUCGGAUUAUAAUCACAACAGAAAAUAGAGGAGUUUUGAACGCCCAUGGGGUCAAUCAUAUUUACAAAGUGAAAUUUCCAUUAAGUGAGGAGGCUUUUCAAAUCUUUUGUAAGCAUGCCUUUGGACACAAGCACCCAGAUGAUGGCUUCUAUGAGCUUGCUAGAGAAGUUGCCAACCUUGCUGGUAAACUCCCUUUGGGACUGAAGAUUUUAGGCUCCAGUUUGAAAGGAAGGCCCAAGGCAGAGUGGGAAAGGAUACUACCAAUGUUAAAGACCAACCUUAAUGGAGAAAUAGAGAGCAUUAUAAAGAUCAGUUACGAGGCUUUAUAUUAUGAUAAUUAUAAAUAUUUAUUUCUUUAUAUAGCCUGCUUUUUUAAUGGUGAAGCCGUACAUCAACAUAAAGUGGAAGAGAUUCUUCGAAAGACUUUUUCGGAUGUGAGGCAAGGUCUUCACGUUUUAGCUGAAAGAUCUCUCAUAUAUAUUAAAUACGGAAAGAUACAGAUGCAUCCUCUACUACAACAAUUUGGAAGAGAAACUUCACGUAAGCAAUUCGUUCAACAUGGCCUUAGGAAACAUUAUUUUUUGGUCGAUGCAAGAGAUAUAUGUGAAGAGCUUAACAAUGAUACAACAGAUAAUAGGCGUUUUAUAGGCAUAAAUUUUGAUUUAUCUAAUAAUGAGGAAGAAUUAAACACAAAGGAGAAAGCACUUGAAAGAAUGUUUGAUCUCCAAUUCGUAAGAAUCAAUGGUCAGAACCUUGCUCAGGCUGAGACACUGCAUUCACUACUUCAUUAUCCUCAAAAUAUUAGAUCAGUAGAUUGGAGUCAUUUCAAGAAUACAUGUUUGCCAUCUACUUUUAAUCCCGCGUUUCUCGUCGAACUAUGUAUGAGUUCCAGCAAGCUUCAAAAACUAUGGGAAGGAACUAAACAACUUAAAAAUCUCAAGUGGAUGGAUUUGUCUGAUUCUAAAGAUCUGAAAGAGCUUCCCGAUCUUUCAACUGCCACUAAUCUUGAAAAUUUAGAUCUCCAAGGAUGCUCAAGUUUAGUGGAGCUUCCAUUUUCUAUUGGGAAUGCAACCAAUCUCCAGGAACUAAAUCUCUCUAGGUGCUCAAAGCUAGUGAAAAUCCCUUCUUCUAUUGAGAAUCUCGAAGAUUUGGAUCUAUCUAACUGCUCAAAUCUGGUGGAGUUUCCAUCCUCUAUAGGGAAUGAAAAUAAACUCAAGAAGUUAUAUCUUUGUGAUUGCACAAGUCUUGUGAAACUCCCGUCUUCUAUAAAUGCCACUAAUCUCAAGAGAUUGCUUCUACAAAAUUGUUCACGUGUUUUGGAGCUACCUGCUAUCGAGAAUGCGACUAAACUUGUGAUAUUGAAUCUCAAUAAUUGCUCAAGUCUACUAGAGCUCCCUCCUUCUAUUGGAACUGCCACAAACCUUAAGAGAUUGGAAAUGAGAGGGUGCUCAAGUCUCGUGAAUCUCCCCUCCUCUAUUGGAGAUCUCACUAAUCUCGAAGAUUUGGAUCUAUCUAACUGCUCAAAUCUGGUGGAGCUUCCAUCCUCUAUAGGGAACCUUCAGCGAUUGUCUUCGUUGACAUUGAGAGGAUGCUCAAAGCUAGAGGCUCUUCCAACCAACAUCAACUUGAAAUCUCUCAGUGAACUUAAUCUCAGAGACUGCUCGCAGUUGAAAAGUUUUCCUGAGAUCUCCACAAACAUUAAGUCUCUGUGGCUCACAGGAACAUCAAUAAAAGAAGUUCCUUUGUCGAUCAUGUCGUGCUCUGGUCUUUCUCAUUUCUGUAUGUCAUACUUUGUAAGCCUCAAGGAAUUCCCGCAUGCUCUUGACGUCAUCACGGAGCUGCAGUUGAUAAACGAAGAUAUACAAGAAGUUCCUCCAUGUGUCAAGGGAAUGCCUCGUUUACGUAUACUUGGACUCGACAACUGCAAUCAUCUGGUAUCACUCCCCCAAUUUUCAGAUUCUCUAUCUUGCAUAGAUGCAGACAAUUGUCAAUGCCUUGAGAGAUUGGAUUGUUCCUUUAACCAUCCACAGAUCCAUCUGAGUUUCAGAAAUUGCUUCAAACUGAAUCAAGAAGCCAGAGAUCUCAUCAUGCACACAUCCACUUCUGGAUAUGCGGUGUUACCAAGUACACAAGUGCCUGCCUGCUUCAAUCACCGAGCUACUGCUGGAGGUUUAUUGACAAUCAAGUUGAAUGAGUCGCCUCUUCCUAAAUCUUUGAGAUUUAAGGCUUGCAUCAUGCUGCUUAAUAUUAUUGGAGAAACAGGUGCUGAUCGUUGUUCUAUAUGGAUUGAAAUCAUGGACAAACAGAAUGAUUUCAAAGUUCGGUGUACACCAAUAAGUCGUCUUAUAUAUCCAGUUUUAACAGAGCAUAUCUACACAUUUGAAGUUGAAGCAGAGGAUGUGACUUCCACCGAGCUUCUCUUUCAGUUCACAUCACGCUAUAAUGACAAAUGGAAGAUCGGAGAAUGCGGGGUAUAUCAAAUCUUGGAGGUUCCUUAACGUUAAUGAACAAGAUGAGAGCUUCAGAGAUGAGCAUCGAUGGGGGAGAUUAGAAUAUUGUGUAAUGUUAUGUUUUAUUGAAAUUAAUUGCAGAUAAAGGAGAUCUAUACAAACAAAGACCGUGAAAAUAGAAUCGAGUAGCAGAAGGAAGAAUCUAAAAGGCAUGAGUAUAAGAAAUUCGUGUUUGAUUCAAACACCGGGGAGCUGUAGCGACUUUUGAAAUUGGUAUUUUGAUUAGUGAAUGAUGUUUUUGGGAUUUUGUUUUUAGGGUUUUGGUGCGAGCUAGUGAAGAGUUGUUUAGACUUUUGAAAUUCAUGUUUUUAUUUGUUUGAUCCAAGAAUGAGAAAUAAUUAUUCAACAUUA